CUCUGGGUUUGCCUCCAGUUGAGGAGAGGCUCUCCACACUUUGCGAAGCUUUUCUCACCUCAGCCCAGCCGGAGAGGAUGAACGGAUUCGAGUGUGGGCUUCCUCCGCGGCGGAUCGUCCUCCAUGCCUCCGUCUGAACUGUAGUUCCUUUGGUCUGAUGUUUCCCCUCCGAGCCUCAUUUCGGAGAGAAUGCUUCUUCUCGUUUUUGCGACUUUAUUUGGAGUCCUUCUCAACGCAGGAGAUGCCCUUCAGAUCCAGUGCUACCAGUGUGAGGAGAUGAAGCAAAAUGACUGCUCCACGCCGGAGUACAUUGUCAACUGCACCGUCAACGUUCAGGACAUGUGCCAGAAGGAGGUGCUGGUCAAACCCGAUGGAAUACAUUACCGGAAGUCCUGCGCCACCUCUGGGGCUUGCCUCAUCUCCUCCUCUGGAUACCAGCAGUUCUGCACCGGCAGGCUGAACUCGGUGUGCAUCUCCUGCUGCAACACCCCGCUCUGCAACGGGCCCCGGAGGAAGCGCCCCGUCCCUUCAGUGGCCACGUCCAAUCGGCCUCCUCUCUCCCUCUGCCUCACCUUCCUCCUGCUGCCAAUCCUCCCCCGGACGUAGACGGAGGAGCCCACCGCGCCUCUGCUAUCCACCUUGGAGCUGCGAGACCCUGAAGGAGCAGAUUAGGAAACCACACCGGCUUUUUAAUACCCUCCAAGUCUGUGGAUGUGACCGAUUUUACACCGUGAGGAGGAACCGCUUUGAAACCCGGUGAGGCCACAUCAUGUCGAGCUCUCUGGAUCAUUUAUCGCUCCUGUGGCCGGAGCAGGACCGGCCAGUCUGCAGUCCAGGCAAAUCUCCACUUUAUUUCCUUUUUGUGAAGUGGUGCGUUUUGUGAGAAACGGUUAUGACACGCUGUAAACUGUUGGAAGUUAUUGUGGAAAAUAUAUCUUUAAGCUUUUAUUUUGUGGGCUUCUGUUGGUUUUCUUCCUUGCUAAUAUCUCUGCUGUCAGGCUAAUAUGAAUUGGAAGGGUACAGAGGUCUCCUGCUGCACAUUAAUUAUCAUGUAUGCAUAUUUCCCACUGCCGUACUGUAGGAAUUCACAUUUGACCACUCAGAAAUACGAUAUCCUAUUUGUGUUAUUGAUUAUUAGUCGCUCAUAAAAGGAUUCUGUUCCCACAAAGCUGAUUAGAUAAUUAAUAUUCCAUAUACUCAUUUGGGGAAUUAAUAUCAAAUGUCCUUUGAGUUCAUCUCGACAACACGUGGUACAAAAAGUAUAUCAUCUCGAUAAACGCAGUAUGAGAACAUGCUAUAAGCACAAACACAUUCAGUCAUAUUUCCUUCAUUUCUUUCGAAUGUAAAGUUGUUUAAAUAUUGGAGAUGUGCCCAUCAUAGCUUGCAUGUUAAAGCUGUAGACCAAAUAUUCCCAUUAUACACCAUAACAUUAAUUUGGCUCAAUGUAUGGAUUCCAUUUCCAUGUCCAAGCUGUGUUAUACUUCCAUCCUAAUGAUUGAUUCUGUGUCCUGAGGUUCUGAUCUGAUCAGCUGUACAGUAUUAUAUUUAUAUGUGCAGAAAACAACGCCGUCAUUCUCCAACUGUAUUUGAGAGCAGCACGUGGUACUAAAGGUCGGAGGGAGAGCCUUAGACUUACUUCUGUUCUGGAAACGGCAGGAUGUGAUAAAUGUUCAUGCAGUUUUUGACUGGUCUUCUGUGAAGAGUAAUUCUGUAUUCUGCUGAAAUGUGAUGUAAAUAAAUGUUGCAG